AUGUAUUUAUGAAAGACACUCACUCCGUGUCUGUCUUUCUUCUUCUUGCGUAUUUAUCUAGUGUGCUUUGUGUGUAUGCGUGUGCGUGGCACAUGCAUGUAUGAUUUGUGUACAUAGUGGUGUUUGUUCGGAUCGAGAAGGUCUUUGGACGCGAAAGGAUACGAUCGAUUGCGAUUCGUGGAACGAGAUAUGACCGUCGCCGGAAAGAGAUACGUGGACUGUACCGUUUUGGAAACUGGAAGCAUUGCCGACGCAGAGGACUCUUCUUACGAUAGCGAUUACGAAGUUGAGGAUUUAGUUGCAUCCACGAACGCACAUUCGCAAGUAGAACUGCAGGUAUCGACAUCAAGCCACUCAGACGUAUCAAGGACCACAUCGGAUACUUUAGCUGCCGAAUUUGCAGAAUAUGUCACGAUUCAAGGAAGUCCACCUAAUAAAAGUCCAGGAUACACAGCCAGAGUGGAAUUUGCGUUGAAACUUGGAUACACGGAACGUCUAGUACAAACUGCGUUACAAAAAUUGGGCCCAGAACCGGAACAGAAUGAACUUUUAGCUGAGUUGAUAAAACUCGGCGCGAAUUCCUCGCAAAAGUCAGAGGAUGGACCAGAAGAAUCAGAUAACAUUCCAGAGAAAGAUGUGCCGAGCAAAGAAAGUGUCACCGGUUGUUCGACUAGUCUCAGGCCCGUUGUAAUCGACGGAAGCAAUGUGGCGAUGAGUCAUGGGAACAAAGAAGUAUUUUCUUGUAGAGGAAUCAAAAUUUGUGUAGACUGGUUCAAAGCAAGAGGGCAUGAAGAAAUUACCGUAUUUGUGCCAAAGUGGAGAAAAGAGGCUUCUAAAAUUGAUAACCCGAUUGCGGACCAGGAAAUUCUCGGAGAGCUAGAAAGGGAUCGAUUGUUGGUUUUCACGCCGUCUAGAUUAGUUGGCGGUAAAAGAAUGGUCUGUUACGAUGACCGUUACAUCUUGAAAUUAGCAGCCGAAAUCGAUGGGAUUGUCGUGAGCAAUGAUAAUUACAGAGAUUUAGCGCAAGAAAACCCGGAAUUCCGAAAAGUUGUAGAAGAAAGAAUUCUGAUGUACACUUUUGUGAAUGAUCGUUUUAUGCCACCGGACGAUCCAUUAGGUAGAAGUGGCCCCACUUUGGACAACUUCUUAAGGAUUUCUCCGAAAAAAUUGGAUCCAGCUCCAGCCUGUCCAUAUGCAAAAAAAUGCACGUAUGGAAAUAAAUGCAAAUUUCGGCAUCCAGAAAGAGGACCUCAUCCGCAAAAAUCUGUCACAGAAAAAUUAGUGGAACAUGUACAGAAACAUCUUCAGGCAAGAAGUUCGAAUUCAAACCCUUCGUUGCCAAGCAGCACAUCCUACAGAACGCCUACGCAUCAACCUCUUUGUAAAAGCAGAUCGACGGUAACCAGUAGUGUUCAGCCGGCGACGUCAGUUACAAAAAGUAAAUCCGUAGAAAAUGUUGCGAUCGAACAACCAAUCAACCCUGGUGCGCAUGGGUCCCAAGUAACACCAACAACAAGUUCUCAAGGUUAUCCAGCUUCAAUGUGGACAGCAGGAAGAUUAAAUCAAUCAGAUGUAGAACCACCGAAUCCGCACAGAAAACUACAAAGACAGUUGACAUUAAAUCCAGUCUAUGAUCCUCGACUUUGCCAAUUGAGGCAAUAUCAACAAGUGUCGCAGACGGGUGCUGUGCCCCAACAGACAGCAGCUACUUCUUCGCGACCGCAACACAGACCUUUAACUAGACAUUCCAGUAAUGAAGCACCUUAUAGAGUUGGUGUAAAUUGGGAUCACUCAGAAGGACAACAGUGUCAUCAACAUGUAACACGUAUUGCUUCGGCACCAGAUUCGUACCAGACUUGGCAAUUAAGUAAUUCUAACAUGGGAUCAGGAACAGCAUUAGGAUCAAAUCAAAGAUUGGGAGCCUCGGACCCACAAAUCAGUCCCAUUGUAUCACCUCUAUAUUCAAGCAUGCGUUCAGACAUGCUGAGAGAAUUGUUAGACACUAGAACAAAGAUACAUUAUCACUUGGCAAGUAUUUUUCCCGAAGAACAUGUAAGGAUGGCUAUGCUUCUUCAUCCUUUUGAAACAGAUCCAAUUGGAAUCUGUGCUGCUGUGUUGAAAAUGUAUCCCCAAUAACGUAACAAAUAGCAAUGCGACUACAGUAAAUCAUCGAUGAG